AUGUCCGCUCCCAUUCCGGCCCCCGUACCUUUGGCUUCGCGCCCGCGCUCAACGACAAUCUGCCUCUUCGACGUCGAUGGCACGCUCACCCCCGCGCGUCAAUCCAUUUCGCCCGCCAUGCUCCAGACGCUCCAGCACCUCCGCACGCAAUGCGCAAUCGGCUUCGUCGGCGGCUCUAACCUCCCAAAGAUCCAGGAACAGCUGCAGCUGCCCGGUGCUGAGCCUUACAAUUGCGUGGACCUCUUCGACUAUGGUUUCGCCGAGAAUGGGCUGACAGCGUACAAGAUGGGCAAAGAGCUGGCGAGCCAGAGCUUCUUGGGUUGGUUGGGUGAGGAGAAGUACCAGAAGCUGGUCAAGUUCUGCUUGAGAUACAUCAGUGGGCUGGAAAUUCCGGUCAUGAGGGGGACGUUCAUCGAGUUCAGAGCAGGCAUGAUCAACGUCUCGCCCAUCGGGAGGAACGCAUCCAUCCAAGAGCGAAUCGAGUUCGAGAAGUACGACCUGCAGCACAACAUCCGCCGCGACUUCAUUGCUGCACUCCAGCGCGAGUUCCCAGACUACGGCCUCACAUACAGCAUCGGCGGGCAGAUCUCAUUCGACGUCUUCCCUGUCGGAUGGGACAAGACGUACGCCCUCAACCACAUCAAGGACGACGGUUUCCAAACGAUUCACUUCUUCGGCGACAAGACGUACAAAGGCGGCAACGACUACGAGAUCUUUGAGGAUCAGAGGACGAAAGGGCAUACGGUGACGAGCCCGGAGGAUACGAUCCAGCAGCUGGGCGAGUUGUUUCAGGCCUAG